AUGGAGUACCCCGAGCCAGGCUUAUCGCCAAAGCCCUUGUCGGCUUCAGACAUGAAUUCAGUUUCCACCUCUCCUCUGCUGGAGGCCGAACCUGCAUCCAGUGAUACCAGCGUGCAGUCUGAACCCCUGCUGUGCAAUACAAAAGUUCCAUCGUCCAUCUUACCUGUCGACCAUAACAUCGGAGAGCUAUACGACCAAAAUAUUCUCGCAAAACUAUUGAGGACCGCGAGACAAGCUGAGAGUCACCUGCCGAACAAGUAUCCAGAAGUUGUGCCUCAAAAUGGACCUGACAUGGGAAGAUACCAAUUCCGUGAGGCCGAAUUCUGGACAUGCGGGUUCUUUCCUGGAUCUCUCUACUCUAUGCUUGAACGGGCAAUCAAGUACCCUCAGAUGUUGGGAUUGAAUGACAAAGGCCCAUCAUCUGGAAGCCCCAGAGUCAAACAUGUUCGAGAGCAGCUUCUACGUCUUUGCAAAACAUGGGCCGAGCCACUUCAUUCCAUGGCCAAUCGAACUGACACGCAUGAUAUUGGCUUUAUCAUCAUGCCGGCAUUACGAUUGGACUGGGAAUUGCUCGGGGACUCUCGGUCUCUGGAUAGCAUAAUACGUGCGGCAAGGAGCCUUGCGACUAGAUUCGUGGCUCCAGCCAAGGCCAUUAGAAGCUGGGAUCUGAUCCGAAAAAAAGACGUUGAGAUAACCUCCAUGGAAGACAAUCUCAUACUUAUUAUCGACAGCAUGUGUAAUCUGGAUUUACUAUACUACGCUGCUGCUCAUUCUGAACCAGACAGAGGGCUAUCUGAAAUUGCUACACAGCAUGCGAAUACGAUCCUUCGCACCCACUUGCGGCCAGAGAAAGCGGAAUCGGUAGGAGAUGAUGUCUAUCAGGGCCAGUGGUAUUCAACCUUUCACGUUGCAAACCUUGAUCCAGCAAGCGGCUCCAUCAAGCAGCGCAUGACAGCCCAAGGAUUCGCAGAUGAUUCCACCUGGGCUCGUGGUCAGGCCUGGGCCAUACUCGGGUAUGCACAGACAUACAUGUGGACCAAAGAUGAGAAAUUCCUUGAUGCGUCAUGUGGAUGUACAGAAUACUUUGUUCACAGACUCGAGAACUCGGAUCCAUGUGUUGAGAUACCCAAUCAUGGAGCCCCUGGGAUCACCAAGGGACGAUACACUCCUCUAUGGGACUUUGAUGCACCAAUCGAUGAUGCAACAAACCAGAUGAACCCAUUGAGGGAUUCCUCUGCAGGUGCAAUUGCCGCCAAUGGGAUGCUUAUUGCUGCUCAAGCCCUAGCGGCACUUGGUAGAGAUAUGCUUGCUGGCCGAUUUCGAGCGCUGGCGAUGAAUAUCAUUUGCGAUCUCCUGGAAUUUGCGCUGGCACCAGAGAGGGCGAUGCUUGUUUGCUCAUUGGCAGGUCAUGUCCAGAUCCAAAAUGUCGAGCCUGGAGUGUUUUUUGAGGGCAUCCUCAAGUAUGGUACGGCAAACAAUAACGCGAACGCCCGGAAGCGUUAUGCUAACCACACGUUGGUAUAUGGUGAUUACUACUUGGUAGAGUUUGGUAAUAAUUUACUCAGAGCAGGUCUUAUUUGA